AUGCGUCUAUUUGGCAUGCCCAGGCUGCGAGUGCUGGAGCUGGGGGACCUAAACUUCCUCUAUGAGUUAGGUUCAGUGAAGCUGGAGGUGAUCCUGAAGGAGCUGCCUCAGUUGCAGGUCCUGGCAUUGAGCAACCUGAACCUUGGGAAUCUCUCUGUCUCCAGCUUCAGGGAUUUGGGACUCCUCCAGUUGCUGCUGCUCAACUCUGAAUGGAUACUGGGGUUGGACAGCAGCCUCCAGGAGCUAAUCCCCCAAAUGCCUCAAUAUGUUUAUUUCUCAGAUGUCACUUUCACCUGCCAGUGUGAAAGCUCUUGGGUGGGGCCUUGGGCAACACGGGCCCCAAACACCUUUGUGUAUGGGUUAGAGAAAUCCAUCUGCAUGGCCAAUGCCUCUGGCUACUCUAAGACUCCACUACUCUCCUUCCACUCUGGUCACUGCCCACAUGAUCCUGAGUUUCAGGGCUUUCUCAUCAGUUUCACCCUGGUGUUCCUGUUGGUCAUCUUUGCAUUGCUUGGCUGCCCCAAAUGGCCCUGGCUUCAUCACCUCCGGACUCUAUUUCAUGCCUGGUGGUGGAAAUUGGGUGGGCAGGGCCCCAGAGGCCAAUUCCCCUAUGAUGUCUUUAUAUCCUACUGUGAGCGGGACCAAGCCUGGGUCCUGGAAGAACUGGUUCCUGCCCUGGAGAAGCCUCCUCCAGCUG